AUGCAUCAAUGUGGAAAAUAUUAUAAAGAAAUUAUUGACGAAUUUAUUGCCAAAUUAGAAACUGAGCUGUCAAAACAUUUAGAUGAUUUACAAAAGAAAAUGGAAGAAAGCAAAGAACAAGUUUUCGAAAGUUCACAGGACAUUAUUAAAAAUUUAUCCAUAAAAGCAGAAAAUGCUAAAAGAGAAUUUCUUCGUCGAUUAGAAUCUGUUACUCAGAAAAGACGUCAACAAGUCUUAGAUCAAAUAAUAAAGAUUUCUAUAAAUAAAACACAUCAAUCUCUUGGUUAUGAAUAA